AUGGAUUGCUACACCUUGACUGUCCUCGCUUGUGUGCUAAUGGUGGUAUCAGGAUGGUCCUUCCCCUUCUAUCCGGUACACAGAGUUCCACAAAUACGAGUCACCAGGUUUGCACAAAUACCUCAUCCUCGUAGGUUUCCGAUUCCACCACAACCGUAUAUAAGACAACAGAUAAAACCAAUACCUAAACAACCUGACCAUGACUAUGAUUACUACGAUGAAGAAGAUGAUCACAAUCACAGCUCUGAUCACGAUCACAACAGCGAUCAUAAUCAAAACAGCGAUAACAAAGAAAGUGAUGGCGUUAUAGGACCCGUUCACACUUUUGUUAAAACAGACAAGAAUGCAAAUUAUAAGUGGGGAGUUCGACAUCAUGUUGGGAAGAAACGCACUUUGUAG